GGGCCUUGGACAAAAUUCUCUGUGAGGCAGAGUUUAUAAUGCUGUUCUUAUUUUCAGUAAUUAGGACAGACAUUAGUGUGGUCUACUUUUUAUUUUGUGCAUGAAAUUAGAUCCCACUUGAAUUAAGAAAGACCUUAAAAAAGAGGUCAGUCCCUUAAUUCUGCAUAUAUUUUAAAACUGAUAUAAGAAAAACAGACAUGUGAAAGGGAACAAAUUGCAAAGAAUGAGUGAAAGUAUACAAUUUUUCAAAUAAGGCGCUAAAAUAUUUCCUGUCCUACUCACUAGAGUUUAUUUAUGCAUCCCUUAAUACAGUAAGCAUUUAGUGAUUGAUUUGGCAAUCAAUGAUGAUUAAGACAUAGUUUCCAUAUUGAAGUUCCAUUCCUUAAUCAAGUCACAUAUUGAAGAAGGGACAGAUUAUUGUAAACUAUUUACAGGGCAAUUAUACAGGUUUUGAUGGGAGCACACAGAAGAUACAGCCUUAAAUUCUUCUUUCUGGAUUAUACAAUAAUGAUUAUAUUUAUGCAAUGUAAGUUUGGAAGAAAUUUGUUAAAGAAGGUGUGAAAAGUUUCUUUUCUCAGUUUUUGGUGUUCCUAUGCUCAAGUUUUGGAAAUGUAAAAUCUGUUCCUUUGGUGAUGUUGGAGGUCACUAGUUUUAGUUUGGAUUCCUUGUAUUGCUUGGGAGAAGUGUCAGCAGUGAAAAGUUUAGAACUAAAAUCUAGCACAAUGGACAGAUUUAACUGCUAGACAUAUUUUUUCAACUGAUGAAUUUUUAACUUUCCCCAUAAGCAGUGAAAAUUUUCAACAAAGUGAACAAUUCCCUAUCUUAACAUUGUUUUUAAUGAUACAAACAAAAGAAAAAUGAAAUAUUUAAAUAAGAAGAAAGAUAUAGAAGCGCACAAAUUGGGUACAGCAAUUUGAGUCUGUUGGAGGCCACGCGGUGGCGCUGCAGGCUAAAGAGCCGGGGGUAAAAAUCAACUGAGUGCGCUGCGGUGAGUCACUGACAUAAAAAGGAAGAUAGCAGCAGGUAGACCAGGGAGAAAAGCUGUAGCAACCCAAGAUUAGAAACGGGGGUUAUAAAAUAUAACCCAGGCCUUUGCUACUAGGCGGUGUAGAUCUGCGAUUUGCGAUUGCUGUUUUUUUACACUGGGAUCUGUGAUUGUUACCAACAUUAAUGAAAGACGUGUUCAGAAGCAGCUAUGGAGGCUAGACGAUUUCCCUGCUCAAGACAAAGGCAAGUCCUAUUUCUUUUUCUGUUUGGGGUAGUAUCCUUGGCAGGCUCUGGGUUUGGACGUUACUCGGUGACAGAGGAAACAGAGAGAGGAUCCUUUGUAGUCAAUAUAGCUAAGGAUCUGGGGCUAGGGGACAAGGAGUUGCUUGCAAGGGGAGCACGGGUGGUCUCUGAUGAUAACAAACAACACUUGCUCCUGGACUCUCAAACUGGGGAUUUGCUUACAAAUGAAAAACUGGACCGGGAGACGCUGUGUGGCCCCAGAGAACCGUGUAUGCUGUAUUUUCAAAUUUUAAUGGAUAACCCAUUUCAUAUUUAUCGGAUUGAGCUGAGGGUGAGGGACAUAAAUGAUCAUUCACCAGUUUUUCGGGACAAAGAGACAGUCUUAAAAAUAUUAGAAAAUACAGCUGAAGGGACCUCAUUUCAACUAGAAAGAGCACAAGAUUCAGAUGGAGGACUUAAUGGUAUCCAAAACUAUACUAUCAACCUCAACUCUUUUUUCCACAUUAAAAUUACUGGCAGUGAUGAAGGCAUAAUAUAUCCAGAGCUAGUACUGGACAGGGCGCUGGAUCGGGAGAAACAGCAAGAGUUCAGCUUAACACUCACAGCGCUGGAUGGAGGAUUGCCACCCAGGUCUGGAACCACUAAUAUACGCAUUGUGAUCCUGGAUGUCAAUGACAAUGCCCCUCAGUUUUCUCAGGCAAUCUAUGAGACCCAGGCUCCGGAGAACAGCCCUGUAGGGUCCUUUAUUGCUAAAGUCUCUGCAGGAGAUGCAGACUCUGGAAUCAAUGCAGACAUAUCCUAUUCAUUUUUUGAUGCUUCUGAAGAUAUUCUAACAACCUUUCAUAUCAAUCCUUUUUCUGGAGAAAUCAUACUCAGACUGUUGCUUGAUUAUGAGCUAGUAAAGUCUUACAAAAUAAAUAUACAGGCAAUCGAUGGUGGGGGCCUUUCUUCAAAAUGCACAGUUUUGGUCGAGGUAUUAGACACCAAUGACAAUGCUCCUGAACUGAUCAUAUCAUCACUUUUCAACCAUGUUGCGGAGAACUCUCCUGAGACAGUAUUAGCUGUUUUUAGGAUUAAAGACAGAGACUCUGGAGAAAACGGAAAGACGGUUUGCUUCAUUCCAGACCAUCUGCCGUUUCUUCUGAAGCCGUCUGUGGAGAAUUUUUACAUCCUAAUGACAGAAGGAGCACUGGACAGAGAAAGGCAAGCGGAGUACAACAUCACGAUCACGGUCACUGACAUGGGAACCCCCAGACUGAAAACCGAGCACAACAUAACCGUGCUGGUGUCCGACGUCAACGACAACGCCCCCGCCUUCACCCAGACCUCCUACACCCUGUGGGUCCGCGAGAACAACAGCCCCGCCCUGCACAUCGGCAGCGUCAGCGCCACAGACACAGACGCGGGCGCCAACGCCCAGGUCACCUACUCGCUGCUGCCGCCGCCCGACCCGCUCGUGCCCCUCGCCUCCCUCGUGUCCAUCAACCCCGACAACGGCCACCUCUUCGCCCUCACGUCCCUGGACUACGAGGCCCUGAGGGCCUUCGAGUUCCGCGUGGGCGCCGCCGACCGCGGCUCGCCCGCGCUCAGCAGCCAGGCGCUGGUGCGCGUGUGCCACUUCCCGGGCCACCUGGUGGACGUCAGCGGCACGGGGACCCUGUCGCAGAGCUACCAGUACGAGGUGUGUCUGACGGGAGGAACUGGGACGAAUGAGUUCAAAUUCUUGAAGCCGAUUCUCCCCACUGUUCAGGCACAAGAUCCUGGGAGAAAUAGUGAUGAAAAUCCCACAUUUCGAAAUAGCCUUGGAUUUAAUUUUCAGUAAAAUUCUUUCUAUAUGCUCGGGUAUUUUUGAAGUGUUAUGCAACUAUAUCAAUAUUAGUUUAGUUUUAUUACUCCAAGUUAAAUUAUUCUGCAACUUAAAGCUUUAUUUUAAAGUACUAUAUGAUUUUACAAUGUUAUUUCAUCCUUUUUUCCCCCCAUUAAACAGGUUAGGUGUAAUCAGUACCCCAUCUAAAUAACAGUUUGUAUGUUUGGUUCCUUCAAAACGUACAAGAGUUUAGUACUAUUCUCAUUCUAGAAAACUGGUUGAUUUUUUCCCUAGUACAUUUCAUAGACUGCAUCUCAUUAUCCUAUACACCUACAGUACCUCCUUUACCUAAGAAGACAAACCUGCAUGUCUUGACCUUACUAAAACAUUUCUUUAAUCAUGAUAAUAAACUGUAUCAUCUAGCUCUAAAUGAUAUUUUAAAAUAAAUAUUUCUCUAUUAUUCUGCUCAUGAUGAAAUGAAACAUCAUUGGUGGGAUUCCCUGGUGGUCCAAUGGUAAGGACCUAGAGCUUUCACUGUCUGCACCUGGGUUCUUCACUGGCCAGGAAAUUAAGAUCUGCCAAGCUGCCUGUGUAGCCAAAAACAUCCCAACCAACUUAAACAAACAAGCCAAAACCAUGAAGCAUCAUUUUGUGAGCAACAUUAUAAUAUCCUUGUGUUCAUAUCAGAAGACUUAGCUUAGGGACCAGGGACUCCCUGGUGGCUCAGACAGUAAAAAGUCUGCCUACAAUGCUGGAGCCCCAGGUCGGGAAGAUCUCCUGGAGAAG